UGGUACCUUUUAUUUCCAAUUUUAUGUUCUUGCAAUGAGAAUUUUAAAUUUGAUUCAGUUUACAGCUUUACUUGUUCAUUAAUUCCAUUUACAUUUUCUGCUCUUUAGAUUUCGAUUCCUGAAAUUACUUUUAUGAUUCAGUUUCUUGUUUUUAGUUUUCUUUUAUUGCUUCUUAUUCUGUUUCAUUUCUUUUAGUCUGUUUCAUUCAUCUCUGUUUAGUUAGUUUGCUUUCACCAAUUGAUUGUACAUAUUAGAUGUUAGGUUUUGAUUCUGUGUUAGAGUUUUGGUAAAUUUUUGUAGUUGAAUUUGACUUGAAAUUUAAAGAAGACUAUGCACAUCAAUAUUGUCUUGAUUAGAUGCUACAUGACUGUUAUUCAAGAUGUCUUCUUGAGACAUAGGUUGCUUUAAGAUUUCAAGUUUAAAUUCAAUAACAAAUAUGUGUUUGACCACUUCUUUUCUGAUAUGUGAUUAGGAUUAGAUAUAAAUUCUGUUUUCUUUGGUUGCUUUUAAAAUUCCAAAUUUCUGUUACUUUGAUCAUUCACCUUGGCAAAUUUGGUUCAUUAUAGGUUCUAUGUUUUUCUCUUUCAUUCAGAUGAGUAUCCAAUUAAAGUUUCUUUCUAUUGCUUGUUUUUGAAUAGGUAGCGGUAGAUUUUAGAUUCUGUUAUGUUUGGGUUCUUUGCUUGCAUUAGUGUAUCAUUUUAGGAUAAAAGUCAUGCAUUACUUUCCUUUCUAUUCAUUUACUCAUUCAUGCAUCAUUCAUUAAAUUUCUUCCUUAUCAAUGCAUCUCUAUUCUUUAUAUAGUUUCUGUUUUCAUCUCAUUAUCUUGCAUUCAUUUAGAUUUAGUAGAUGUAUGCAUUAUUAGUUUUUUUUUUUUUUAUAUUAGGUUUCAUUUUACAUUUCACUUUCCCCACCUAGUUUUAGUUUUAGUAAAUAAAUAAAUAGGUUUUAAUUCUAUAUUUUCUAAACUUAACAAGUACCAAGUUCACGGAUUAUAUCCUAGGCGAUAAAAAUUCUUUCAACAAAUGGCGCCGUUGUCGGGGACUUUGGCGACUUAAGUUUCAGAUUGUAGAGUUAGCCUUGUAGUUUUCUAAUUUUCUUUUUUGUGUGUAUAGCAUUAGCUUCUGAAUUUAAAAAAAAAAAUAUUUGUAAAUAGUGGUUUCUUUGCAUGUUAUGGUUUUGCGUGUUGGUAUAAUCUCUGCUUGAAGUGUAGUCCAGGUUGAAAACAGGUUUUGCAACAGACAUCAGAAUUGAAGAGAUGAUUGGUUCUCAGGACUGGCUAUACAAGCUGAUUAAGAGAACACCCAAGUUCCAUGGGUUAGCACAUUAAGACCUACACAAGCACAUCAAAGAGUUUAGCUGGGUGUGCUCCUCCAUGAAGCCUGCUGGAGUUCCAGAGGAAGCAGUGAUGGUGAAGACAUUUUGAAUGUCUCUGCAAGGUGCAGCAAGAGACUGGUUCAUAUAUCAACAGUACCAUCUUGAUAGCUGGCAGGAGAUGCAGCAGAGGUUCCUCAACAAGUACUUUCCAGUAGCUAAAGGAGUUAACCUCAGGAGGGAGAUCACUGCUAUUGCCCAGUCUCAAGAAGAGGGUCUGGCUAAAUACUGGGAGAGGUUCAAAGUGAUUUGUACAGCUUGCCCCAACCACCAGAUUUCAGAGCCCAGACUUCUAUUCUACUUUUAUGAGGACCUAAUCUACAAAGACAAGGUGUUGGUUGAUGCAGCAGCUGGAGGCUCUCUGCUGGACAAGACCCCAACUGAGGUAAGAAAGUUGUUGUGCAAGCUAGCGGGAAAUGAUCCUAAUGAUGCAACUGUGAAUCAAGAAAACAGUCUUUCAACGUGUGGAGAUGCAAUCUCUGAGUUUGUGUAUACUGUUGAUACACUUGUUGCAGACACUAAUUUCAAGGGAAAUGCAGAGACAAAGGAAGUCUUGGUGGAGGCAGGGGAUGGUCUCAAUGAGACUCAAGGACCCUCGAACGUACAGAAUCAGCCAGAGUUGAAUGGAGAGUUGGGGUUGCUGCAAUGGAGAGCUGAGAAGAAUGAAUUCAGUGCAAUCCUGGAAAAUCUGCAUAGAGGAGCCAAACACAAGAAACCAAAAACAAUAAGCUCUUUCUUGUCCUUUCUUUUAAAUAGUAGUUAUAGGUCUUUUAUAGUAACUAGUAUAGUAAUAGGCAGUGUAGACAAUAAUAUGAUAGAAAAUAUGAUGUUCUAUAUAAAAAUUAAAAAGAUCGAUUUUGAUGUGUGACCCAUUUGAACAAGUUUUCCUUUUCUUUUAGCGUUAUAAUUUUAGUUUUUGUAUUUUUCAGUUUAUGUUUUGUACAUUUCUUGUCAGUUUGUGUUCUUUCUCAACUUUGUUUUGUAUAAAUCUGUUCUGUCUAUCUUGUACAUUCCUGUGGUUGUUCUGUGUUGUUAAAAAAAACCUUACUCACACAUUGAGGGCAAUGUGCCUCUUAAGUGUGGGGUUGAGAAGGUAUAGAUGUAAAUACUUGUUUUUACUUUAAUGUGCAUAUGUUAGUAUGAGUUUUGUAGUGAAAAUAGGAGUAAAUUUUUUUUUCUUUCUAAGUUGAUUUUCUUUUUAGUUUAGGACUAGUUGAGUUUGUAAAUAUUUAGUUCAUAGAUAGUGUAAAUAGCCAUUCGUGUUUCAGGUUGUAAAUAAUUGUUUUUAGCAUGUAAAUACCCAGUUUUUUUUUAUGCUGUUAAAAUCUGUUUUAGUUUUUGUAGAUAGGCAUUUGUUUCAGUUUUUUUCCCUUAUAGGUUCUGUUUUUAAUUUCUGAGUCCUGUUCUGGUUUUUAGUAAUUUUCUAGGAUCUCUUCCAUUCAUUGUCAUUGUUUAGGAUCUUCUUAGGUCUUCUUUUGAUGUUUUCAUUAGUAUGUCUGUUUUAGUUUAGUUUAGGUUCUUCUAAGUUGCAUAUUGUUUUGUUUAGGUUUGGUUCAGAUUGUAUAUAGAGUUAGUAAAUCUGUUAGGCAUGUUUUUAGGUUCUUGUAGGUUCUGUUUGACAUGUUUUUUUUUUUUUUCAAUUCUUUGCUGAUUUACUUCAUUUCUUAGCUUCAUAUCUUUUGUUUAGAAUUGUUCAUAUAGUUUUCUGCUUUAAAUUCAAAUAGAAGUAGUCUUAGCAUUAUUUUUGCAUCUAAGUAUAGCUAAUGAAGCAAUUUUUUCAUAAAAGAGAGUAGCAAGUCACUUUUAGCAUUUCUUAACCUGGAGAGAUUUUGGGCCUGAUUUUUUUUUUCUUUCUAGUGUGAUUUCAUGUAUGUUUGACUUUUGAUUUUGAUUUUGCAUUGAUUCUUUGUGAAAAGCUUGCUCGUAAACUUUAGACAUGAUUUAGGCGUUCUUUUUCUUCAUCCAUAGCCACUUAGCUUAACCAUUUCAGUUUUAUCUAUUGUACCUUUCUUUUGAGCUGUAGCCUACUAUUCUUUGUCUCCAUUCAUUACAAGCCUUUUUUCCCCAGUACAUACCCGACCUGUAAAGACUUGUGAGAAUUAGGGGGAGCAAUAGAAAAGGCCAGAAGUGAAAGAAAAGAAAAAUAAGAUGAACAAUCUGGUUGUGUUGAAAAAAAAAAAAAAAAAGAAAAGAGCAGGUCUGGAAAAAAAAAAAAGAAAAAUGCAAAAGAAUUGAAAGAUAGGACCUGGCAGAAUUGAAAACCAGAGAAAGAAAGAAAAGAUUGGAUUGGCCUAAGUUAGACUUAAACAAAAAGUGUACUGAGUUCUAGGUUCCUUACUUUUCUUCACACUUUCUACUUCCAUAUAACCUUGUGUUUUCUAACCCUUCAUACCAUUACAUUAUAAGCCAAUAAAGUCCUUUUGAUCUAGAUGAAACCAAAGAGCUUAGCAUGGUCACUUAGAGUCUUUUCAAAGUUAAGAAUUGAGGUUGACAUGUCAUGCUUGAGUGAAACAGGACAGCCCUAAACACAUGAGUGAAAAUGAGUGCAAACACUUGUUCUUGUGAGGCUGAAACUGAUUUCUACUUUUCUGAUUGUGUUCAUUGCUGAAAUUGGCUGAAUUUGGUUGUUUAUUACUUGCUGGAUUUCUGUCACUGAGAUUUAAAGUUUAGAAAUAUAAUUGUGCAGUUCUGAUUGAAAAAGUGACUGGAAAUGAUUGAAACUGGCAGGAAUGAUUGAGUUGUGAAUGAGUCUUAUUGUUUUUGAGUUUUUGUUUUGAGUCUUUUCAUUUUGUAAAUUGAGUCUUUGUUUCCAUUUUAGUUUUUCCUAUUCAGGAGAGCAGUUCUCUAAGUAUGGGGUGUGAUAACUUCUAAAUUUCCUCCAUUUUUGUGUGAUAAUAAUAUGUUUUUAAGACAUUUUAGUUUUUAAUUCAUUAGAAAUAGUAUAGUUUAGUAUAAAUAGGAUAAAAAUAGGCUGUAAAUAGA